AUGGCCGAUCGGCAUGCCAAGAAGUCCCUCUACAAAUGCCAUUCUCAGGCCUGCCAGAUUGACCAGGAUGGGCUGACCUUGUCCGAACGAACACUCUACCUGGGCCAGGAUGACGAAAGCGAAAAGAUCUUGGCCGCUUAUGUGGUAUUCAUGGAGCGCCUUUUGAACCUGCUGGGUGCCGAGCAUGUGAAACAGAAAGCCAAGGAGAUUCUUCAGCUGGAGCAGAGGCUGGCCAACAUAACUAUCUCCGAGUACGAUGACCUACGGAGAGAUAUCAACUCCAUGUACAACAAAGUCACACUGGGCGAGCUGCAGCGCAUCGCACCCAACUUAAAAUGGAAGCGUCUUCUGGACCGGAUAUUCCAUGAGCAUUUUUCAGAGGAUGAAGAGGUGGUGCUCUUAGCCACCGAUUACAUGCAGCAGGUCUCGGAGAUCAUCCAAACAACCCCAAUCAGGAUCCUUCACAACUACAUGCUGUGGCGCAUUGCGGUGGUGCUGAGCGAACAUCUCUCCACCCCGUUCCGGGACGCCAUUCACGAGUUUGCCAAGGAGAUGGAGGGGGCCGAGAAGCCGAUGGAGCUAGCCAAAACUUGCUUGAGUCAAGCCAACAAGCACUUCGGAAUGGCUUUGGGGGCCCUGUUUGUGGAAGAAUAUUUCUCCUCCACCAGCAAGGCCAAGGUGCAACAGUUAGUGGAAGAUAUCAAGCACAUCCUGGACCGGCGACUCGAAGAACUGGAAUGGAUGGAUGAAGAAACCCAGAGGGCGGCCAGAGCGAAGUUGAAACACAUGAUGGUGAUGAUCGGUUAUCCGGAUUUCCUUCUCAACCCCGGAGCAGUGGACAAGGAAUACGAGUUCGAAGUCCACCAGAAAACCUACUUCAAGAACAUCCUCCACAGCAUCAGGUUCAACAUCAAGUUGUCGGUGAAGAAGAUCCGUCAGGAAGUGGACAAGUCAGCGUGGCUGUUACCUCCUCAAGCACUGAAUGCUUAUUACCUUCCUAACAAGAACCAGAUGGUGUUCCCAGCUGGAAUUCUUCAACCGACGCUCUACGAUCCUGAAUUCCCACAGUCUUUGAAUUAUGGGGGGAUCGGUACAAUUAUCGGGCAUGAGCUGACCCACGGCUACGAUGACUGGGGCGGACAAUACGACCGGUACGGGAACCUGAUGCACUGGUGGACGGAGGCCUCGUACAGCAAGUUCCGCCAGAAGGCCGAGUGCAUUGUGAAUCUCUACGACAACUUCACCGUCUACAACCAGAGGGUAAAUGGGAAACACACCCUGGGAGAAAACAUUGCAGACAUGGGAGGACUGAAACUGGCCUACUACGCGUACCAGAAAUGGGUGCGGGAACACGGCCCCGAAAAUCCCCUGCUGUGGCUGAAAUACACCCACGAGCAGCUCUUCUUCAUCGCCUUUGCUCAGAACUGGUGCAUUAAACGGCGCUCGCAGUCCAUCUAUCUCCAGGUGCUGACCGACAAACAUGCCCCCGAACAUUACAGGGUGCUGGGCAGCGUCUCCCAGUUUGAGGAAUUCGGACGGGUCUUCCAUUGUCCCAAGGACUCCCCCAUGAACCCCACACACAAGUGCUCAGUCUGGUGAAGCCCCCACCUGCCCUUGCCUGCACCCAGCCCGGAUCGACACGCCUCUUGGCAUCGUCCUGGUGCAUGGCACCGAAAUAGCAGAGGGAGAAAGGAGAGAGAAGACCUCUUAAAAUUCCUAGAGGUGGUCCGGGCUCUGGGGAUAUGCCCACGCCUACCAACAGGAGCCCCAAGCACCCCAAAAUCUUUGGGCCUUGACAGCAUACUGUAUUUUUCGGAGUAUAAGACGCGCUGAAGUAUAAGACGCACCUA